GUGGUUCCCUGUAGGAUUGUUUGCUUAAGACACUGCAAGCAAAACUAAUACAAGUAAGCCAGCGAGGUCAGCAGGAUACAGCGUGCAAUUAGACUCUACAUGUACAUGAAGUCUGAGCCACACCUGAACAUUAGCAUGCAGCCCGCCGUCUGUCACAGGUGCAUCAAGGUGUUUUGCAUAAUUGCUUUCUCUUUAUUCACACUAAAAUAUGAAACUAUUUGAACAGCCUUGAAAUAGAAAGUGGACAAGAACGCAAAUGGAUGGAAGGUGACACCCAAGCAGAGCUUUCUACUGUUUCUUUGAAUUUUGUAAGACUGCACUGGUUUGGAUUUCCUUUCAGCAAACUCUCCCUGAAAUGAACGUAAAACAUGUCUGCAUGUAACUGAGGCCUUUGAAGAAAAAGAACUUCAUCUUCCCAAAACCUGCCCUCACAGUAAUGGUAUCAGCUCAGAUCAAUUUCUGCACUUGGUACCAGCAGUUGUUAGAUGACAUCAAGGCGACUGAUCUUCACCUCAGCCAUGUCCACAUGGAAAACAGGGACUUGAAGCUGAAGCUUGAGGCCACCAGAGAAGCAGGGGCUAUAAGCUUAAGAGGUGCAACCAGAUGGCUGUUUGAUAUUUACCAAACUCAACUGAAUGAAACCAGAAGAAAGUAUGGCCAGGAAAAGCAGGCUGUUCAGCAAAACAUGGAAGACUGGCAGCAGAAUCUGGCAACCUGCAUGAACAACAUUGACAGCAGCAUAAUAGCCCUCCAGGAAAAGGAAUACAGAGUCCUGGAAAAGGAAAAGCUGAUCGAAAGAAUGAAAAAAGAAAAGAAAGUUUUGAUGGAGAAGAAGGAGAUGGUUGAAAAAAAUAUCCUUUGGAAAGUUUCUCAGGGACACUGCAGCCAAGAUAUUGACAAAAGUUUAAUGUCAAGCCAACGGGAGCGAUCCACAUUACGAGACCAAAUUAUUCACUUAGACCACGUGAUUCUGGAUCAAGACAAGAUCAUGAGAGCUUACAUUUUUCAGAUUGAAAGACUAAAGAAGGAGCUUCUGCUUCAAGAUGAGAGUAUAGCCAACCUUCACGAAAGACUGCACUCACUGGAAGCGCAAAAUAAAGAACUGAAAUACCUGGUGAAUUUUUGGUCCAGCCCGUGUUCCAAGAAGAUAUCAAGAGCCGUGAACACCAACCCAACACCACGGCUGGCGCAGUAUCCUCUGCUGGACUUGGUAAAACUUCCAGCACCAAACAGAUAAUGAGGGUGAUGGGAGGCAUUUUGGAACAAGGACUGUGUGUGUCAAUGAAAUACUUCAUCGUAGUUCACUUUUCAGUGAGCUUUGAGGAGAUGGUGGCUGCAUCUGAGCUCAAAUGAGACCUUCA